GCAAAACUUUAUGUAAAUCAGGGAAAGGACUCGUCGGCUGCUUGGAUUCAAUCUGUCAAUACAAUGGGUCACAUACAUUGUGGUGCUAUUGCGAGCUUUUUAUCAACAUUAUUCGUAGUAUUUUCUUGUAUUUGUCAGUUAUCACUCGGUACCGAACUAAGUUUUGUUACAUGUGGGUCUGUUGUAAAACUAUUGAAUGUAAAGCACAACGUGAGACUACACUCGCACGACGUUCGUUACGGCUCCGGCAGCGGGCAGCAGUCUGUCACGGGGGUCACCACGGUUGAGGACAGUAACAGCUACUGGAGUAUUCGUGGGACCAGGGACGCCUUGUGUCAGCGGGGUACACCUGUAAAGUGUGGGCAAGCCAUCCGCCUCACGCAUGUCAACACGGGACGCAACCUGCACAGCCACUACUUUGCUUCCCCGCUUUCCUCUAAUCAGGAGGUGAGUGCGUUUGGGGAGGAAGGAGAAGGGGACCACCUCGACGAGUGGACAGUUCACUGUGCGGGAUCCGUGUGGAAGCGCGAGGAGGCCAUCCGCUUCCGUCACAAAGCCACAGACGUUCUGCUGUCGGUCACAGGGGAGCAGUACGGGCGGCCCAUCCACGGUCAGAUGGAGGUCCAUGGCAUGGCGAGCCCCAGUCAGCACAGCCUGUGGAAGGCCAUGGAGGGAAUCUUCAUGAAGCCCAGCGAAAUCUCAGCAGGCGGCCAAGACUACAGUCACACACACACAGAGUUUUGAGCCGUGCUGUUCCUUUUCCUGUCCUGUCUCUUCUUGAUUUCCCUUCUUCCUGCUUCUGUGCGAUUAAGUCCGUCACAGCAGCCAACGUUCCACCUGAACAAGUGUGCGAACAGUUAAAGAUCAAAACUUGAAAGUCAGCCGCUAUCCAGUUUGAAAGUGCACAAACUACAUCAUAAAAUGCCUUAAAAUAUCCAAGGAGUCAUAUUUAAAUCUUAUUUAUGACUGUUUUUGACCUUUAAUAUCUUUUUGAAAUGGGCUUUUUAAAGACUUUAUGCAUUCUAGUGCAAAAAUGUAGAAGGGAGGGAUUGUUUACACAUCAAGAAAUUCACCAGGGAAGUCAUUCUGUAUUAAGUCAUUGAAAUGUAAGAUUUGUGCCUUCUUAAAUAAAAUUAUAGGUGUUAAGAAAAGCAAAGCUUUUAAACAUCUUAACAAAUAUUACCUUUUAGAAUAAUUUUUAUGUUACUUGUAAGCAGUAUUCUACAAAAAACAACCUGUCAACAGUUUUCCUAAAGAAAAAAGAAGUAAUUUAGUCUUCUUUUCUGUCAGUGUUUUAUAUAAAUUAUUCUGCAUUCAUUGACUUGAGAACAAGCGGUUUUAUGUGUGAAGAUGUAACUACAUUGGAUGUUUAUUGUCAGUAUAGGAUGAGUUUUUGAAGCUUUCCAGAGUUUACAAUCGUACAGUUCCUGCAUACAGAUGUGUCCUAAUUGUUAAUAACUGACAGUGAAUACCUCACAUUAAAGCAUUUUUAUGUCCAUCAG